GCGAGUUCUUGCUAAACUUUUGGGCCAAUCAGCGCUGUCGGCAAAUUUGUUACGAUUAGCUGAACAUGGGACCAACAUGGCCGAUGCUAUUAAAGUAGUUGAAGGGAAAAUAAAGUUUCGCGAAGGCAAAAAAUGGAAACCUCGAUGGUGCAUUAUCAAGAAACCAUCCCCAGUGGCUGAUCAACUGCAAGUUUUGUUGUAUAAAGAUGUUUCUCAAGCUGUCAAAGAGGAGGCAAAGCCCAAAACUUUUUUUACCCUGGAGGCAUUCUUCGGGCUUGAUGCUGGCAUUGCCUUUGAUAAAGAGUUACAUGUUUUGGCUAUCAUAUGUCACAAAUCUACCAGUCUCAUGGCCUUUGAGCAAAGAGAACACAUGAUACAGUUUGAAAUCAAAAUAAGGCAAAGCCUUGGGGAAGAGCACCAGUUUCCAGUAACAGUCGUGAAGGCUCCAUCUAGUAGUCGUCUGGCUAAAGACCAGGUUAGAUUAGUGAUCCAUGACCUUAGAUUUUGUCUCAUUGCUCAGACACCUCCCAAAAUUCUGCUUUCCUGGAAUAUUGAAGAUUUGCGACGAUUUGGAGCGAAUGACAACAAAUUUUGUUUUGAAGGAGGCAGUCGCUGUGGUAAAGGCACUGGUGUGUUUGCCCUACAAUCAGAGCAGGCCAAAGACAUUGAAGAUAUUGUUCAAUUAGCUUCCAUGGGCAAAAUGUCUAAUGGUCAUAGAAGAAAUUUAAACAGAAGCUCACAGGUUGAUCUCAGUAGUCAUCUCAUUGCUGAUAUGUUACCCACUCAUUCAUCCUCAUACAUUCAUCAUCAUCCAAAUAGUAGUUCCCCCCAGGCACCUCUCCCUGUUACCUUGAACUGCUGCUAUGACAACCAGACUGGAAGCGCUGAGUCUGAGGACUGGAGCUGGUACAAGAGACAUUCAGUGAGUGUGAUGGACCAUCAUCGCAUAGUGGCAUCACGGGACAACGUGGAUCACUUCAUUGGAAUCUAUGAUGUGCCUCCUAAUCAUGGUAGGAAAAUUGCAGAACACGUGGGCAAUACAGCUGCAGAGUCCAACUACCAUGUCCCUAGAAACUAUCCCGAGGUAGUUAAUUCAGAACAUGUCCUAAAUAACGAUUAUUGUAAUUAUAAGCAGAUUACUUACAAAGGAAAAGAAGGAACUCAUUGUGGCACAGAGGAGCCCACACAAGAUAAAUCCUAUGACCUGUUUAAUCUGAAAGUCAAUGCAUUGGCCAGAAAAAGUCCCUCUCCCUCUGUCUCUCGAGAAGAAUCAUUACAGCGCUUACAAAUGCAAGAAUCCCACUUACAACGAGAAAUGGUUUUAUUGGAUGAAAUUCUGCAGAAUUGUGCAGUUAAAAAUAGUGAGAAACAGGGGGAAGAACUAAAUAAAGAUCAAUCAAACUCAACUUGUAGUCCUAACAAACUUCAGCAUAGACUGAAUAAUUUGGAAGAUAAUCUGACAAUCAUUUCUGGGAAUAUUUCUCCAUUUAAAAUGAAAGCUGAAAAUCCAAUGGUACUUAGAAAAAUGGACAGAACUAUAACUGAGAGGUUAAACACAAGCAUGCCAGAACCUUUGCCUGCAAGCCCAUUGUGUCAAAGAAAAGUCAAGAACAUCUUGGCACCAUUGCCUUAUGUCAAUUUGAGCAGAUAUGAUGAUGAGUCAUUCAGCCAUGUACACUUUCCUGGGAGUUCUGAAUCUAUUCCAACGAUGAAGGAUUCUGGUCUUGUAGCUAUUGAUGCUAAGCAUGUCAAAUCUCGCAGUCAGAGCAAUAGUCUUGUCAAUUUAAACACUCCCUCUAACACUCAUUAUGCUACUCAAGCAUCUGGCCAACAGUGCUCCAAGUUUUCUCAACAAAACAGGUCAGAGGACAAGCGCUCUGAUAACCAGGAGAUACUCUUUGUUAAACUGGAUGAUUCCAGUGUUUCUAAUGAUCCUAUCAUUUAUGCAUCAUUACAGUGCAUGAUGGAUGAAAACAUUAACCAUAAAAGGUUCAAUAAUGAUCUGGUCAAGGUAUUCACUUCUGAUGCAGGGAGACAUCUACAUGAGGAAAACUAUGUUAACUGUGAAGCUAUUUAUGAGAAUUUACCUUUAAAAGUGGACAAUGAUUUACCACCAGAGUUGCCCCCAAAAGGUCCUGCAUUACUGAAAAAAUUACAAGCUGCAUAUUCUAACAGACAAAUUGUUAGCCAUUCAAAUAUACAACAAAGUCAGUCUGUACACACUCUUGGUGAGAGUAACUUAUUAGCUGAAAGGAGUGCUGUAAACAGUCAAGAUAGCCAAGAAAAAAAACUGGAUUUGAAAGAGGACAAUUACUGCAUGAUGGGAAGCCCUAAAAUAAGACAUAAGCUGUCUGUGGUUCCAGAGUCACCAUUCAGGUCUGGAAAAAGUCCACAGGCCCAGUGUCUUUUCAAAGGUACAAAUGUACAUGUACGAGGGGAUUAUAUGGAUAUGGGUGUGAUUGGAUCAGAAAGUUGUGAAGAUGAGAUAUACUUGGAUGUAGAUGCUGCAAGAGACUUGAACUCCAAAGACCUAUACAUUUCAGAAGCUGACUUAAAACUGGCUUCCAUGACCUAUGAAAGAAAUAUGUCUGGAGAAUGCACUUAUAUGGACAUGUCCUGUGUUCCCAAUAGAAAAAGUAUGGUUGUGCCCAGUGUUGAUUCAAUCCAUGUUACCAAAACUCCAGGGAAGGAUACUGCCAAACAAAAUCAAAGAACUAAACUAGGACCAGCGCCACCCCCACCUUGUCCUCCUCGUCCCAUGACCUUAACAAUGAGGCAAGACAACCACCACAUAGGCUUAGCAGACGUGAACCUUGGCAACCAGAAUAAAGCUCAACCAGUUAAAAGUGCAACAAAAGUUUACACAAAGGCUAAAAAAUCCAAUCAUAGUUCUCCUAGCCCCAGUGAACCACCAAUGCCUUUUCCAAAUUUGAUUGAUUUCACCAAGAAAAUGACAGAAAGUCGGUCAACAUAUGUCAACACUUAUAUUGAUUCAGCUCAAGGCGAGUCAUAUAUUGCAAACAGAGAUGUGCAAUUACCAGAGCCUGCUAAAGAAGGGUUCCUUGCUAGGUUUAAGCGCAGGAGUUCAAAGGAUAAAAAUGCUCUCCAGCUCCAGGAAAAGUCCAAUAAGAAUAGAAAUAGUGUUUUAGAGCGAAGUAUGUCAGAGCAUGAAGCAUCCAAAGCUGUGAAAGAUGAAAAGACUUCAAAAUUAAAACUGGGAAGACGCAGAUCAUCAAGUUUCCCCAAUCGUCUCAGUUACCAAGAAUCACUUGAUGGUAGUAAUGUUGCAGCUCUAAGUCAAGUAAUAGGAUCUAGUUGCAUUUUGGGGUCUAGUUCUUCAAAACCAAAUAGUCCACCUAAACAAAAAGAACAGAGUGAAAGCUCUUCCUCCAUUAAAGAUGUCUCAGAUGAUUCAGACAUGUCACCACUACUGACAAGGGUGGAAAAGAAAAUGGACAGUUCUUCAACUGUUCUUCAUGUGCAGCAGAGUUCAGCCAUUCCCCGCUAUCCAUACUCUCAGAUUCAAAAACCUCUAUCUGCACAGGGGGGCUCCUCCAAAACUGACGAUGAGAAGCUUAUUGAAAUGAUUCAGCAAAAGAAUAGUCUCAAAAAACCCAUUAUGUACCAAAGAUCUUCUUCUUUGGAACUUAAAAGUCCUGCACAAGAUACUGACCAGUCAUUCUACUUAAAGCUUCCUAAAACAACAGUCCAGGGUGAAAGAAGAUUCAGUUUUGAAAAGCUUAUUGGCUGCAACAGUGUGACCCAUUCCUCGACCUCUGAAUCCUACACAGGACCUCCAAAACCUCCAGAUAGUAGUAGCUUUCAUCAAACUGAUGCACGUAAUGAGCGUCUGCCACCAAACCUACCCCCGAAGAUGAAGUCAUACCAGGUGCCUUUGUCACCUGUGUUAGAGACGUCUCCACCCAUCCCAACCAGUACUGAACCCCUGUAUGUAGAACUAGAUGAAGUGAAAGUUUUUAAUAAGGAGAAAGAAACAGAGGGAAAAGACAGUUCACAGAAUGACAAAGAUAAACGAUCACAACUUUCAACACAAGCAGCAGCCCGAUUUUCUCCUGUGACAGACACUGAGAAUACUUAUCCACUUGUAAAUUAUACCACGUUGAUGUUGCCCAUAGAUGUGAUAUCAAGAAACAAUGAUGACAGCUUCACAUUUACAUGGUCUCAAAGAGCCAUCACCUCCCACAGCUUGCCCGAUGGCCUCAUGGAAUGCGCUCACCCAGCAAAAACUGUCUUGCGUCCACGCCAUGGCCAUGAAUAUGUUGUUAUUAAAAGGAAGGCCAAAAUGUUGACCACAUCUCACUUACACUCAGCAUCUGGAAGGGUCUCGACUUUUGACUUGGAGCAUAAUGACACGCUAUCUGUUCUAUCAUCCUUAUCUACACCACAGAAUUCUCCAACCUUUUCUACCGUUGAGGGCCCUUCAAAGAGCAUUUAUCCUGACUUGGCUUUCUUUCAGCCAACCUUGUCACCUUGUUCGACCAUCAAUCCUUCUUGUUCUGCUUUGAGCAACAAUGAUUCUGGUCAGAGGGAAGAUGUUUGUGCAGAAAAUAUAUUUUUCCCUGUGGACUUGUGUGGCUUUAGCCCGCCUCCUUCACCAUUCUAUCCUAAGUCUUCUCCCAAUCAAGAAGUGCAUUAUCCCAUUUAUGUUAACCAAGAGUUUACAAGCAAACAUGUGCAGCCUAGUAUCAGACAUGUCAGUAGCAGUAGUAGUCAAUCUAGUGUCUCUCCAACCAAGACCAAUGUGCUUUCUAUUAUGUCUUCCAUUUUCUCCCCAAAGCCGAACUCCCCAUUUGGUGAUUUCCCUUCUAGUCAGCAAAAAAAGUAUCACAGCUUGCGGCAUUCUGAUCCAGAUCCAGGAAAAUUUGAAAAUUUUCAAUUAAGUAUUCCAAUGGUUAUUGCUUCAGAGAAAGAUGCUAUGAAAAAUAUCCAGACUUCAAACAAAUCCUCUAGUGAUAGGGUACCUCGGAAGGAAUAUGAGAAAUUUGUAAGUUCUAGUAUUAUUUCUAGAAGAAAUCAGUUUGCUGAGGACCAAAGGUUAGCUGAAGCCAUGUCCACUAGCUCAUCCAGUCAGCAGCUUCAGGUUCCUACUAUCAAAUCAAGUGGUUACAAGAAUAUUGAUUCUUUAAACGCAGCUGCAGCAGCUGAGCGCAGUUCUGCCUCCACUGAAGCAAUAUCUGCUAAAUAUUUGACUCUACCCAGAGGUUUAGGAUUAACAUAUACAUCCCAGGUAAACAGUUUUUCAAAAGCAGUAAGCUCUCAAAUUGAUAUGACUUCCAACCAGUUGAAACCAUUGUCUUCUUGUGAUCCAUACAGCAACAGUGCCGAUACACUUCCUUACCACUGUGAUCCUCCUCCACCAAUUCGUAUUCGACACAUUUCAUCUUCUUCUUCAUCAUCUCACUCAUCAUCACCUUGUUUGACCCCUGUAGAUAGUUCUGAUUCUCCACCAUCUUAUUAUGCUCCUUCUCCUCCAUACACUCCCCCUGCUCCUCCUUCCACACCUCCGCCACCCAUGGUGCCUCCAAGACACAGGCUACUACCUCCUGCCCCCUUAGAAGUGCCAACUUCCCCUUCAGAAAAUACAUCUGAUUCAUCGGAUGAUGAACAGGAACUGAACUACAUAGAGGUAGACAUGACCAAAGCCUCUGACGAGCCUGCCCAACACCCUCCAACUGUUUAUUUUCGUCCUCACAAAAGACCAAAGAAGGUUAAAGACUCUGCCAAAAUGCGCUAUGUGUUGAUAGACCACAGUGCAACCAAGGCCUUGCAACAGGCCAGGCAAGAACAUGUACAGGCUAGAGAUGGUACUCAGGUUAAGUCUGCAAGCCAACUCAAUAGAAUCAACUCAGCUCCUGCUUCCUCUAAAAAGAAACACUUCACUUUUAUUUCAAGGGAGAGAAAGCUUAGCUCUGGUUCUGUUGAAUCUUGCUAAUGCUUUUAACUUUUUCAGAAAUCCUGUCUAGUAUAUGAGAGGUAACAUGAAUUUGUGUACUGCUGGCUGUGAUAUCAAUGAAUAUUUCUAUGGGCAACCUCAAACAGUUUGAAGGUUAUCUCUUGUUGUCAUCUCUUCUUAAUAAUUCUUUUUUUCAAAAAAAUGUUAUUAAACUUUUAUUUUAUAACUUAGUUUGUCACCUGACACCAACUCUUAAAUCAUUGCACUCUUUAGACAAGGUUUGCUUGUUUUAAAUACAGAAUGAACAAACUUUUUGAUCUUAAUCAGAUAUUUCCUAAUUUCUAUUUAGAUAUUACCAGGUUGGUAAAAAAAAAAAAAGUAUCAUUUUCUAUAUAUUUAUAUGGAUCUUGGGAACAAAAAUAUAUUAUUAUUUAAGUAUGUGUUUUUAUGUUAUCAAGUACACAAAAGUACAUUCAUCCCAUAUGUUAAUCUAAUUCAUUCAUACAUAUAUUUUUUUUGUAAUUCUAUAAUUUCAUAAUGUAGUUUCUUAGAAAAACAUUUUUUUUUUUAUCUUACAAACAUUGUAAGAAAAUGUGCUAAUGAAACUAAAACUUUUGUUUACUAGUAGUUUUAUGCAAAUUUUUUAAAAUUAAAUAUCAUUAAAUAUCAAUGUAGGCUAUCAUAAAAAAAAACUGUUAUAUUUGAAAGAAGUUAAAAAGACAGUACUAUUUGUUCAUUUAAUCUUGUAGCAUAAAGCUAAUUGUUUGAAAUGUUGGUUCAGAUAUGUACAAAGUAAUUUUCCUUUUGCUCUUGUUGUUGAAGAAAGAAAGAAGCAAAAGCAUUUUUGUUUUUUAAUUUAAAUUAAAGUGUUACAACAUAAAAAAAUUACUUUGAACUGUGGAUUCAGAUAUGUAGAAUUGAAAUUUGAGCCGAAAGGUUUUCUGUUGUUUUUUUUUUUAACGAGGAAGUAAGAAAGUUGAGGGCUAUGUAGUGCUGUUCUUCGCUAAAUUGAAUACGUAUGAAGAAAAUGCAAUUUAUUUUAUCUUUAAGUAGUGAUUUCUUUUCAAGUGACCUAUUCUGAAUUAAACUGAAUAGUUACUUUUAUGAACAGUAAAAACAGUAAAAGCUUCCCUCCAUAUCCUCUGAGUUGUUUUGAUAUCAACCUGAACAUGAUCCACUUAUCUACUGGAACAUUAUUUAUUUGUCUUGUACUUUUCACAUAUAAAUUGUUGUAAAAUAGUGAAUGUAAAUAUGUACAUCUAACUACACAAGUCAAAAUAGUUGUGCCUGAAACAAUAUAUGCAAACUGAACCAUAAGAUAUAUUAAUAUGUGUAUAGUUUUUUAAGUUGUUUUUUCUUGAUGAUUAUUAUUGUUUCACCUCAAACAGUAUUACUUUUGUUGAUGGUUGUAUUAAUGCUGCACAAAUUGUGAUGAACAAAGGUGCAUUUUGUUUUUGUACUGUGUGACUUUAUUUAUUGAUGACUAUUUAUGCUCAUUUUGUUUUGUAUUUUUAUACUAAAUGUUUUGGCGUAGAGUCAUGUAGUUGAAGAGUGAAAUGAUAGUUAAACAAAAUUGAUAUAGUGUGCAAAAUAUUACUGGCAAUAGAAAAAUCUGCCAUACUAAAAGUUAUAAAAAAAUUUUUCAUUGUAAAUUGAAACACAAAGUGUGAUCAUUGUGUCAGACAUAGUUAUAAAGGUUAUUUAAAUCAUUUGUCUGUAGGUUUUAGGAUAUGAAAUUAUUAUUCUUUGAAAUAGAUGAAUAGAAUAGAUUCAUGUAGCUCUAGUUGUAGAUUCAUGUAGCUCUAGCUCAAGUUGCUAUAAAAUAGUGCUUCACAAUAUCUACAGAUUUUACUUUUCAUAACAGAGUAAUUUUGUCCAUCCACACAUGCAGGACAUUGUGUAUAGAUAUUCUGUUCUUUAAAAAAAAAAAAAUAUUUUUUUUGUAUCUAUUUUUUUAAGUGUCUAAAAUGGUGAGUUAUGCACUAGUUAUUGAGUGGUUUAAAAAAAGGACAUAAUUGUAUUCUAUGAUAUUAAAAAAAUUUUUAUAAAUACAUUUUCAAUGGAUUUUUCUACAAAAUUGUACUUCAGCCUUUUUAGUAAAUUACUGAAAAUUAAAUAAUAAAUGGUUUAAGAGAGCUUCCGAUUUUUCGCCAAUUUUGGUCAAUUUCUGUACUUAGAAUGAGAAUCUUUCUUAAGUGUCAUUUGGUGGUCCAGAGAUUUUGUGAUGAUCAGUCAGUGAGCGGUAUUUCAUAUGCAUGUAUUUCUAUAAAACACUCAUAUCUGCCUAAUUGCCCUUUAAAAUACAGUAACACCUAGUAUUAGCGUUGUGUUUAAAAUAAUCUACAGUAGAAUGCCCUCACCUGAAGAAUAUUUUAUCCUAUAUUUCAAAACUGGCUAUACCAUUCCAUUAGCUCUCAUUUUAAACCAAAUAUAUUGAACUUCUGGUUGCAUACACAUAGUUUUAAAAGAAUAGUUUUAUGAAAUAGAAAAAAAAAUGUGGGAUAUUGAUAGAAUAAAUCAAGUGUAUUUUUUGAUAUGCUAUGAUCUUCUGAGGGUAGUUUCUUUUGUUAUAUUUGGAUAGAUGCUUUUGUUACUUUAAAAAAAAGAAUAAUAAUAACAUUCCUCUCUUGUAUCUUCUAGACAGUUUUGAUCUUUUUUUUUUUUUUUUGUUUUGGACUUUUUGUCUUGUACCAUAACCUAGGUCAAUGAGCCAACAAGAGCAACGACAGAAUGCCUACAGAUUUCACCAUCAAAUAUCAAACUACUUUUGUCUUUUGCUAUCAUUCCAGUACAUUCAUGUUGAAUAUCAGAAUUUGUAAUAAAUCAUUUGGUUUUCAUUUAAGUAAAGGUAGAAAGUUGUGCACAUUGUUUAGCACUCAACACAUUUGUAGGUAGAGACAGGUUUUGUUUGUUUUAAUACCAUGUGCAACAUUGGAGAGUUGUGUCCAGUUUGUCAUUAUUUUUUUGGUUUGUGCAUACAAGAAUGUCUUUAUUAAUUAAUUUGUUCACAGACUGAGACUUUUUAUUAUUAUUAUUAAACUGCACACCUGACAAAAAUUGUCCACAAUGUUUUUUUUAUAAAUGAAUAAAAAAUCUAAUUUUUUUAGAAAAAAACAACAAAAAAACCUAGGUUUUAUUAAGUAGACUUGUAUAUAUAGUUUUUAUUAAUACCAAUAAGGUUGUUGUUUUUUUAAAUACAGUUGCUUUAAGUUAGGAUUUAACAAAUAUAAUUAGUUUCUCCCAGUUAUAACUUUAUUUCAUUACUCUAUAAUCUUUAGAACAUUAUCAUUUGAUUUAAAAUUGAAAAAAAAAAUAUGUUCAGGGCUUAUAAUGUAAUGCAUUAUAAAUAAAUGUGCUGUUAACAUGUCACACUUGAUAUUUUUCCUUCUAGUUAAAAAAAAAGCUUCAAUAAUAAAGAAGAAACAAUAGUGAGUGAUAAUAAUUCUAUAGUCCUUGUUUUUCAAAAUAGUUGUUUCUCUGUAGAAAGUUUUGUCUACUAAGUAAUGUUAGAAUCACUAUUUGAAUAAUAAUGUGCACAUUUGAGUCCAUUGUAAAUAACUGAAGGUCUCAAUGUUUUGCUAUUUAGAUGAAAUGUUUUCCUUGAGUUAAUGUAUAUUGCAGUAGUUCAAUGUUUACAUAAGUAAAUGUGUACUAAAUGUUUUUUUGCUGUACCUACUGGUGUUAGCAAGUGACAUUGGCCAGAUGUUAUUACUUGUCAAGGUUGUGUCAUGAUUUUUUUUUUCAUGAGACCCAAAUUACAUUUCGUUAUUUUAUGGGCCAUUGUCUUCCAUUAUACUGGAACAAAUACUUGCAAAAUAGCUGUUCUCCAUCUCACAGCUGUUACUGAUUAAAAACAUGCAUGUAAUGUUAUUUAUGCCUGCAUAGUAGAGCCUGUACUUCUAUAGUUUUCAGCAUUGUUUCCAUCUAGUUGUCUUCUGAAAUAUGAUCAGCAAUGAUUUGCAGCUAUCCCAUAUUUUGUUUUUGUCUGCCUGGCUAGUUUAGUUUGAACAUCUUCAUUUACUUGUACAAUUUUGUCAAACACAGACUAGGUGGAAUGAAAAGUGUGGCUUGUUUACAACUAUUCAUAUUGUCAAAAAGAAAUGUUCUAGAUUUAAAACCAGUUUGUCUAUUAGUAGAGCGCACAAAAAUGUUAGGUUUUUGUUUACAUAGGAGCAGAUAUAAAUAUGCUUGGACUUUUAUUUUACUAUUACUACAAUUACUAUGUCGGGACAUAUUGAGACACUAUGUUAUUGUGCGACAUAGUUCUAAGGUUACUCCUGGAUGUAUCAGAAUGUCAUAUGUGUUACUUAGGUGGCUACUAUCACAAAAUAAUGCCAUGUGGGUAAAAAUUGUGUACAAUGCAUGCAUCAGUAGAAUGGAUUAUAGAAUGAUGAAGUAUACCCAUCUAAUCAUUUAUUGAAUUAUUAGUCUUUAUGAGCUAUUAAUUUGUGUUUUAUUAAAACAUGAAGUGCCUCAAACAAUGCUCUAUUUAAUGUGCCUUUACCUUGUAUGCAAUAUGGGAUCAGCUAUUUUAGCCAUCUUAUGCAUGUUCAUAUUUCAUUUGUAUACUUUUCUCUACAUAUUUUUUUCUUUGUAUCAAACUAUUGUUUUAUUAUGCCAUAAUUUAUUAUUUUGUCAGAUGUGCAAAAGGAAUAAAUAAAACAUUAUUCAUUGUCUGCAA